AUGCCUUGGGAGGCCACAACUCAUGAGAGAGCCGACGAGGCGGGAGAAGUGUUCAUGAUGAACUACAUGCGUCUCAUUGGCGUUGCCAUCCUCUACUGGGACCACAUCGUUACCUUUGAUAAGGAAGUCACCCUCAUAUGGCGGAGACGCAAGUCGUUGAGCUCAUAUUGCUUCUUUGUCAACCGAUACUUCGCCUUCUUCACUCUCAUACCAAGCGCGUCAGUUCCAUUCGUGACUCUUUCUCGAACGGCUUGCGCCGAAUUUUGCACAUUUCGAGAACUUGUACUGCUCAUGACGCAAACCAUUGUGGCAGCCAUAAUGAUCAUUCGCUUAUAUGCACUAUUUCGCCGCGACAAGCGUAUACUCUAUGGCUUGGUCGUCUUUGUUGGAGUGCUAGUCAGCCUCGUCAUCUGGUCGAUACAGGGUCAACAUGGAUGGUACCCGAAAGUGAUUGGUGGUUGUCAUUGGACUAUGUCCGCCCAUACUGCUUUGCACCUUGCUGGUCCCUGGGAGGGACUUUUUGCAUUUGACACAGUCGUCUUCUUGAUGACUGUCUAUAGUGCAUAUUCAACCAGGAAGAGAACAGGCCCUACAGUGAGUCUGCAAACGCUGUUCGUGCGAGAUGGUGCCAUGUACUUCGGAAUUGUGGCGCUCGUUAAUCUUCUCAACAUCUUGACUUACUACCUGGACAAUCAUCUGCUCUGUCCUGGUUCACUUGCAACCAUCGCAAUUUAUGUCUCCGUAACCGCCAUUUCACGUCUUCUCCUCAAUCUCCACUCCUACGCUGCAGAUGCUGGAAUUCUCACUAACCACGAGCCAGAGUUAACUCGGCAGCCCCUACAUGAAGACCCCGCACCAUAUAAAGCCGAUCACCCUGGCGGAUUCGGUGGCCGAAUUCUAGAGCUUGGGUUGCACACUAUGACCCCCACGUCGAGGACGUCUACGGGUCCUAUCGUUCUCUCGAUAUGA